GUGAGACAAAGCACUACAAGCCCCAUGAGCCUUUGCGCGCCCCCACCCUUUCACGUCCUCUGCUAUUUUUGUGAAUGUUGCGGCUGAUAGAUCAGACGCCUGUAGGAAGCAGAGAGAAGACAUGGGAGACUUGGCUGACAGUGCAGACAGGAAGCAGCAGGGGGUGCUGGAUGCGCAGGAGUUCGACCGCCAGUUCGAGGAGAUCGUGAAGGAGCUGACUGAGCCCGACCUGAACCACCCGGAGAUCGGGGACGCCAUCCGCAGGCUGAGAGAGGUGCUGGAGUACAACGCCCCCGGGGGGAAGAGGAACCGCGGCCUAUCAGUCAUCGCCUCGUUCAGAGAGCUGUCCCGCCCCCAGACCCCCGACGCGGAGAGCGUGCAGCGCGCCCUGGUGGUGGGAUGGUGCAUUGAGCUGCUGCAGGCCUUCUUUCUGGUGGCCGAUGACAUCAUGGACGCCUCAGUGACCAGGAGGGGGCAGCCUUGCUGGUACAAGCGGGGUGGGGUAGGGCUGGAUGCCAUCAAUGACUCCUUCCUGUUAGAGGCCGUGAUCUACAGACUGCUGAAGAGAUACUGCAGAGCCCAGCCCUGCUACCUGAACCUCAUCGAGCUCUUUCUAGAGACCUCCUAUCAGACCGAGCUGGGCCAGGCGCUGGAUCUGAUGACCGCCCAGCCGGACCGGAUUGACCUGACCCGGUUCACUGAGGAGAGGUACAAAGCGAUUGUGAAGUACAAGACUGCUUUCUACUCCUUCUACCUUCCUGUUGCUGCUGCCAUGUAUCUGGCUGGUAUUGACUGUGAGGAGCAGCACAGCAAUGCCAAGGCAAUCCUGCUGGAGAUGGGAGAGUUCUUCCAGAUACAGGAUGAUUUCCUGGAUUGCUUCGGCGACCCCGCGGUGACGGGGAAGAUCGGGACGGACAUCGAGGACAACAAGUGCAGCUGGCUGGUGGUGGAGACGCUGAGGAGAGCAAGCCCGGAGCAGAGGAGGGUCCUGGAGGAGAGCUACGGACGUCAUGACUCGGAGAGCGUGUCUCGUGUGAAGUCUCUGUACUCAGAGCUGGGAAUGCCGGCGCUGUUCCAGGAACACGAGGAGAGCAGCUUCCAGCGGCUGCGCGGGCUGAUCGAGCGCCACGCCAACACCCUCCCCCACGCCGUCUUCCUGUCCUUCGCACACAAGAUCUACAAGAGGAACAAGUGAGGGACGGAACAGAAAAACAAUAUAUACUGUAUAUAUAUUUAUCAAAUUUGAAAACGGAAAACUGCUCUGUACCAAAAGAUGCAAAAUCAAAAAAGAAAAA